UUAAAGAGUCGUCUCUAUCCCUUGCGCUUUUUGAGAUACGAAGACUGAAUCAACAUGACCGACAAUUCAGUAGCAAUCGUUACUGGAGCAGCGCAGGGUUUAGGAGCCGCCAUUACAAGAGCUCUAUUACGACAGGGUUACAAAGUAUGUGUCACAGAUGUUCAAGAAACGAAAGGAAAAAGUUUCGUUCAAGAGCUGCAGAAAGAAUUUGGACCGGGAGCGGUCAUCUUUAGCUUAUGUGACGUUACGAAGGAAGAAGACCUUAAAAGGACUUUCGAUUUGACAGUCGGCACGUUCAAGACGGUGAAUCUUUUGGUGAACAAUGCAGGCAUUGUGUGGGAACAGAACCCGAGGAAAACGAUAGAUGUCAACUUAAUGGGACCUAUCUUUGGCUGUCAACUCGCCCUGAAGUACAUGGGGAAAACAAACGGUGGAAAAGGAGGUGUUGUGAUCAAUAUAGCAUCAACUGGAGGUUUUCUUCCUGCAGCGGCGCUACCUUGCUACCAUGCGUCCAAGCAUGCCAUAAUUGGCUUAACGAGAAGCUAUGGGCUUCCAUACCAUCUUGAAAGAGAUGGAGUCUUAUUUGGUGCUGUUUGUCCGCAUUUCAUUGAUACUGAUAUCUUAAGAAACCCAAAGACCUUGGUCGAAGGUUUGGAUGUGGUAACCAAUAACCAAAGCAUGAUGAGCCCGGAUUAUGUAGCACAAGGUGUUUUAAAGAUCUUGGAAGACAGAAUAAGUGGUGGUACAUUAGUUGUCUCUAAAGAGAAAGGAUAUCAGUACAUUGGAACACAGAAAGAAUUGGAUGAUUUUACAUGUACAGUGAAACCUCUCUAAUACGACUAUUUCUGGUUCCGGCGAAAAUCAGUCGUUAAGGGAGGUUGCUGUAAAAUUGUUCAUAAUUUCUUAAACAUGA